AUGAGUAAUGGAGCGGGAGUCACGCAGCGGGAGCUGGGAGCUGGGAAGCCGCAGCUCAAGGCUCAGCAUGACUACAAGGGCUUCGUGGCCGGGGUCUUCUCAGGCAUCGCGAAGCUGACAGUUGGCCAUCCAUUCGAUACCAUCAAGGUCCGGCUGCAGACGACCAAGAGCUCGCAGUUUACGGGCCCGCUUGACUGCUUGCUGCAGACGGUGCGAAAUGAAGGAGUUACAGCGCUGUACAAGGGAGCUACGCCGCCGCUGAUGGGCUGGAUGGUCAUGGACUCGGUUAUGCUGGGCUCGCUGACACUGUACCGACGGCUUCUGUUCGAGCAUGUCUUUGCCAACGGAGAGCUACUAGAUGCCCUGCCGUUCGUCAGCGCCACGGUGCCUGACAAGCUGUCAACGUUCGGUCAUGGUGUCGCAGGCAUCCUGGCCGGGUCAACGGUCAGCUUCGUCGCGGCGCCGGUAGAGCAUGUCAAGGCCCGGCUGCAGAUACAGUAUGCUGCUGACAAGAGGCAGCGACUAUACCAGGGCCCCAUCGACUGUUCUCGCAAAAUACGCUUUCAAGAAGUACACGGAUCUCUCUGCGCCAGCCAUCAACUUCUGGGCCGGCGGAUAGCUGCUCAGGUCUUCUGGCUGACCUCCUACCCUUCCGACGUCGUCAAGCAGCGCAUCAUGACUGACCCGCUGGGAGGCUCGCUGGGUGACGGCGAGCGCAAGUUUCGACGCUGGAGAGACGCCGCCGUCGCCGUGGGCAGGGAAGGCGGGUGGCGAGCGUACUGGCGAGGCUUUCUGCCUUGUUUUCUGCGAGCUUUCCCAGCUAACGCGAUGGCCAUUGUUGCCUUUGAGGGUGUCAUGAGAGCUCUUCCGUGA